UAGGAGAAUUUAAGAUUUGGUCUUCCCAGAUCAUAAUCUCCUCAUGCAGUGCUUUCCAUUCUGUGGAGUGUGGACCAAUAUAUAGUCAUAGUACGAUGAUGUGUGUUCCCCAGCUGCUGCUUUUUUAUGUUGGACCAGACCACACAGACAGAAACAGAACAACUUCUGAUUCAGAUGAAGAUGGGUGGGAAGGAAAAUUGCUGGUUGGCCUCUCAGUUUUCCUUAGCCUUCACUCUUAAAUUUGCUGAGUGGAUGGGUAUAUAAUGAAGAGGUUCUCUGUCUGCUGCUUCAGAAGUAGUGUCUUCAAGUCUCACUCCCACAGGAAGCACAAGAAAUCUCAGUCUCAGAUCAUGGCAGGAAACAUCUCUGGUCCAACUGUUUGUCAGGGUCCUAAUAUUUUGCACAAUCAUGAUUUCUCUGGUGGGCUUAACUCUUGGCAUCUCAAUUGCUGCAAUGGCUAUGUAAUUUCAGCUGACACAGGUAAUCAUGGAGGAAUUUCAAUGGAGUCGGGUGGUAAUUAUGCAGUUAUCACUGACCGAAAGGAAUGUUGGCAAGGUCUUGAGCAAGAUAUCACAGACAGAAUAUCCAUUGGUUCCACUUACACGGUUUCAGCUUGUGUUGGAGUAUCUGGGCUUUCUCAGGGAUCUGCUGAUGUUCUAGCUACUCUGAAACUAGAAUAUCAUGGUUCAGCUGCUCGUUACAUGUUCAUUGGAAGAACUUCUGCUAUGAAGGGUAGCUGGGAAAAGUUGGAAGGGAAAUUCUCAUUAUCAACUAUGCCUGAUCGGGCUAUAUUUUAUUUGGAAGGACCUGCUCCUGGAGUUGACAUCCUUAUACGAUCAGUAGAGAUCAACUGUUCCAGUCCAAAUAAUAAUACCACAAGCACAAAAUGUGUUACCACAGGAGAUGACAACAUCAUAAUAAACCCCCAGUUUGAGGAUGGCUUGAAUAGUUGGUCUGGAAGAGGCUGCAAGAUUAUGUUGCAUGAUUCAAUGGGAGAUGGGAAAAUUGUUCCGAAGUCUGGGAAGUUCUUUGCAUCAGCAACAGAACGCACACAAACCUGGAACGGGAUUCAGCAGGAUGUAACUGCACAUGUGCAGCGCAAGCUGGCCUAUGAGGUCACUGCUUUAGUUCGAAUAUUUGGUAAUAAUGUUACUAAUGCUGAUGUAAGAGCUACUUUGUGGGUUCAAACACCAGAUCUUCGAGAGCAGUAUAUAGGCAUUGCAAAUGUGCAGGCAACAGAUAAAGAUUGGGUUACAAUGCAGGGAAAAUUCCUUCUAAAUGGCACCCCAUCAAAAGUGGUGGUUUAUUUAGAGGGCCCCCCUUCUGGCACUGACAUUCUUGUCAAUACUUUGGUAGUUAAGCAUGCAGCAAAAACACCUCCUUCAACUCCACCAGAUGUAAAGAAUCUUGCUUUUGGGGUUAAUGUCAUUGAGAACAGCAAUCUGGCUGAUGGCACCAACGGAUGGUUUCCGCUUGGUAAUUGCACUUUAAGUGUUAAAACAGGUUCACCUCAUAUAAUGCCACCAAUGGCAAGAGAUUCUCUUGGUCCUCAUGAUCUCCUAAGCGGGCGCUACAUCCUCGUAACUGGUCGGACUCAAACAUGGAUGGGUCCUGCUCAGAUAAUCACUGAGAAAUUGAAACUUUUUGUGACUUACCAAGUAUCUGCAUGGGUCAGGAUUGGUUCAGGAUCAAGUGGGCCACAGAAUGUGAAUGUUGCUCUUGGUGUUGACAACCAAUGGGUCAAUGGAGGACAAACGGAGGUUUCUGAUGACAGAUGGCAUGAAAUUGGCGGGUCCUUUAGAAUUGAACAGCAGCCAUCAAAGGUUAUGGUUUAUAUCCAAGGUCCUGCUUCUGGUGUGGAUUUAAUGGUUGCUGGACUUCAAAUUUUUCCUGUUGAUAGACAUGCAAGGUUUAGAUACUUAAGGAUGCAGACAGACAAGAUUCGUAAGCGUGAUGUUAUUCUGAAAUUCUCUGGGGUUGACUCUAGCAACUACAUUAACACCAUGGUGCAAGUUAGGCAAACACAGAACAAUUUCCCAAUUGGAACAUGCAUCAGUAGAAUGAACAUUGACAAUGAAGAUUUCGUUAACUUCUUUGUGAAACAUUUCAACUGGGCCGUGUUUGGAAACGAGUUGAAGUGGUAUUGGACUGAGCCACAACAAGGGAAUUUCAACUACAAGGAUGCUGAUGAUCUGCUAGACUUGUGCCAAAAGAACAAGAUAGAAACUCGCGGACACUGCAUCUUCUGGGAAGUGGAUGGAACAGUUCAGCAAUGGAUCAAAUCACUGAAUCAAAAUGAUCUGAUGACAGCAGUCCAGAAUCGUUUAAAUGGUUUGCUGACUCGCUACAAGGGCAAGUUCAGUCACUAUGAUGUUAACAAUGAAAUGCUGCAUGGUUCAUUUUACCAAGAUAGGCUAGGUAGGGAUAUCAGGGCAAAAAUGUUCAAGACAGCAAACCAACUAGAUCCAUCUGCUACACUGUUUGUGAAUGAUUACCAUGUUGAAGAUGGAUGUGACAACAAAUCAUGCCCAGAAAAAUACAUGGAACAUAUUCUUGAUUUGCAAGAGCAAGGUGCCCCAGUUGGAGGGGUUGGAAUUCAAGGCCACAUUGAUAGUCCAGUGGGGCCUAUUGUUUGUUCUUCCCUUGAUAAACUGGGAAUUCUUGGUCUCCCUAUAUGGUUCACUGAGCUUGAUGUGUCUUCUAUCAAUGAACAUGUCAGAGCCGAUGAUCUUGAAGUUAUGUUGCGCGAAGCGAUGGCUCACCCUGCGGUAGAAGGCAUCAUGUUGUGGGGGUUUUGGGAGUUGUUUAUGAGCAGGGACAAUUCACACUUGGUAAAUGCUGAAGGUGACAUCAAUGAAGCUGGGAAGAGGUUCCUUGAUCUGAAACGAGAGUGGUUGUCUCACAAACAUGAUCAUGUUGAUGAGCAUGGUCAAUUCAGCUUCAGAGGCUUUCAUGGAACAUACAAUGUUGAAGUUGUGACACCAACAAAGAAAAUUUCUAAGACUUUUGUGCUUGACAAAGGUGACUCCCCAAUGGUGGUAUCCAUUGAUUUAUAAGCAUCCUGCUUCACACAAGAAUUAAUAUCAUGUCUUCUUUUCUCCUUGAUUGGGUUUGCUUGUACACAAUGUUGGUGGUGUAAUGUACUAAUGUUGUCUUUAGUCUUUACUAGUCUAUGCCAUUAAUCCAGUAUGGCAAAUAAAUAAAAUGGGUUGUUACUAAUACCAGUACUUUGUUUGGACAAUUUUAUUUUAGAUUUAAUAUCAUAUUCUUAGGUUUACUGGUUGA